AAAACAAGAAAGAGAACAAGGAUCGGAUAGUUGUUAUAAAACAAAUUCCUUCCCCUGGGGUAUUUGUGUAUGUCACAUUAAGUCCUUCUGAGUACAAGGAAAAAUAAGUUAUUCCCUACAGUUUUAUUUAAGGGCAGAAGGUAGCCUCUAGCUUCAACUUUAGAUUCUGGGUAGAUCACAUUGACAAGAAAAAAUGAAUGGCACAGUUCUCUCAGCUGAUGGAGAAGCUCAACUAUCAGAUACUGGUAGCAAACGAGGCGGUUGGAUAACCUUUCCCUUCAUUGUUGGAGCUGUUGCAGGCUCGGCUCUUUGUGGUGCAGGAUGGAUUUCGAACUUGAUUGUGUAUCUGAUUCAGGAAUUUAAUAUGAAGCGCAUUGAUGCUGCUCAGGUUUCAAAUAUGGUUUCUGGUUUUACAAAUCUAUUCCCGCUUAUUGGUGCAAUCAUAGCUGACUCAUUCCUUGGAUGUUUCGCUGUCGUGUUACUUUUCUCCAGCAUCUCGUUAAUGGGCAUGGUUCUUCUGGUUUUAACUGCAACCCUUGGUUACUUAAAGCCUGAACCAUGUGAAAUUGGAUCUACUUCAUCAUGCACUGGUGGCCCGUCGAAAUCUCAGUUUCUAGCGCUAUAUGCAGGCAUAUUUCUAGCAGCCAUUGGCCUGGGUGGUACAUCCUUCACUAUUGCAACAGUUGGAGCAAAUCAAUUCAAAAAGGCCAAGGAUAGAGCGACUUUCUUCAACUGGUUUUUCUUCACUUUAUAUGUUUCUGCUACGGUGAGCUCUACUGUAAUUGUAUACAUUGAGGAUAACGUGAGUUGGGGCUUAGGCUUUGGGGUUUGUCUUGCUGCUAAUGUAAUUGGAUUAGCCACUUUUAUUUCGGGAAAGCGGUUUUAUCACCGCGUUAGACCUCAAGGGAGUCCAUUCAAGGAUAUUGUUCGUGUUAUUGUUGCUGCUAUUAGGAAGAGGAAGGUUGUCAUCUCAUCUGAAAGCGAGGAUUAUUACCACAAACAUGAUGAAACAUUGAGUGUGGAAUCCAGAAAACCUAAAGACAGCUUCAGGUUUUUAAAUGCUGCAGCAUUGAUAACUGAAGGAGAUAUAAAACCAGAUGGCUCAAUUUUAAAACCAUGGAGGCUAUGCUCAGUGCAACAAGUAGAAAAUCUCAAAGUCAUAAUCAGAAUUUUCCCACUAUGGUCAAGCAGCAUCUUCUUGAGCACCCCAAUUGCAAUCCUAUUAAGUCUCACUGUGCUUCAAGCUCUAACCAUGGACCGUAAUAUUGGCCAAAACUUCAAAAUCCCAGCUGGGUCCUUUCCUGUUUUUGUUCUGUUUUCCACUUCAGUAUCUCUCCUCCUCAUCGAUAGGCUCCUCUUUCCCAUGUGGCACAAAUGUACCCAUCGAUACCCAACUCCUCUCCAUCGAAUAGGAGUAGGACAUGUGUUGAAUGUGUUCAGCAUGAUAGUAGCAGCACUGGUUGAAUCAAAGAGGCUCAAAAUAGCUCACAGCCACAAUGUCCAAGCCAUGUCUGGAUCUAACACAGUGCCAAUUAUGGCAUGGUGGCUAUUUCCACAACUAGUUCUGGUUGGCAUCGGAGAAGCAUUUCAUUUUCCCGGACAAGUUGCAUUGUACUAUCAAGAGUUUCCUCUGCCUCUCAAGAGCACAGGGACCACGCUGAUUUCUCUGAUAAUUGGAAUUAGUUUUUACUUGAGCACGGCUUUGAUUGAUCUACUUAGAAGGAUUUCAAGUUGGCUACCAGAUGACAUAAACAAUGGGAGACUUGAUAAUGUUUUCUGGACUCUAGUUGUGGUGGGAGUUCUCAAUUUCGGAUACUAUUUAAUCUGCUCGAGUUUGUACAAAUAUCAGAAUGUUGAAAAAGAGGUCGAGGAUGUUUAUAUUUCUGAGCAGUGAUGAUGAUGAUGGUAUGAUCAAAGCAGUACAUGCCUGUCUUGAUGUAAGAUGUAUAAGCCAUGUAUCUCAACAUCUUACUUGUAUUUCUGUAGAACUUGUUACAAGACUCGUAUUAUUAUAGUUUUUGUAGAUAUCUAUAGAUGGACUAUUUGUCUAUUGAUACUCUAUAGUGUCGGAGUUAGAAUUGUCUGUUAAUACUUUGUAUUUGUAUAAAACAUAUUA